UCAACGUUUGUACGUAAAGCCGUUAUAUUGCGAAAGAUGAAGAAAAUAUAUCUCGCCGCUGUAGCAGGCAAUCUGGGUAUGCUAACAGUGGGCCAAUAUUUUGGUUGGGCAUCGCCAUCUUUGCCUAUAUUGAUGGAAGGAAAAGAUAAAACAUAUCCUGUGCGUUUGACUUUGGAGGAAGCAUCUUGGGUGGCAUCUUUACUUAUGCUAGGUGCAAUGGCGGGUUCUAUUAAUUGUACAUUUAUAGUGAACGUUAUUGGCAGAAAAUACACUAUGUUAUUGUCAGCUGUGCCUUCAAUUAUUAGUUGGUUGAUGAUAGCUUUUGCAACAUCAUCGUGGGAGCUGUAUAUAUCGAGAUUUUUGGCCGGGUUAUCUACAGGUCUCGCUCAUUCGGCCACGCCAAUGUAUAUUGGUGAAAUUUCACCGGCAGACAUUCGUGGUACUUUAGGAUCCAUGUUCACAGUCGUUUCAAAAAUUGGUACCACAUUCGAAUACGUGAUAGGUCCAUUUCUCUCAGUAAGAGAUCUUGCCUUCGUGUCUUUGAUAGGACCUUGUUUGUUUUUGGUCAUUUUUAUCUGGCUCCCGGAAUCCCCGUAUUAUUUGAUGCGCCGCAAUGCCAGACAAAAGGCCAUAAAUUCUCUCGUUCAAUUGAGAGGCAAAGACGAUGUUCAUAAAGAGGCAGAUGAUAUCGAGCAGACCGUAAAAGUUGAGAUGGCAAAUAAUUCUGGUUUUCGAGAACUCUUAUGUGUAUCUGGAAAUCGUAGAGCCUUAAUAACAGUGAUAUGUCUGAUCGCUAUUCACCAAAUGAGCGGCGUCCAGGCUGUAGAACAAUACGCUGAAUCAAUUUUUGAUCAGGCAAAUAGUAAUUUAGAGGGCAAGUAUUUAACCAUGAUACUGGGCACGGUACAAGUUGUCUGUACAAUCGUCUGUAUGUUUAUCACCGACCGUAGCGGCAGAAAAUUGCUGCUUAUUAUCUCCGCAAUCGGUUCGGCCUGUUCGACCGCUAUGGUCGCGAUAUAUUUCAAUUUGGAGCAUGAUUAUGUGGACACCAGUAAACUAACAUGGUUACCUGCUAUCGGUGUAAUCAUGUACGUAAUUAUGUUCUCUGUGGGUUUGUCCGCGUUACCGUCUACCAUGACCGCUGAACUUUUUCCCACGAACGUAAAACCUCUCGGCACCAUGGUAAUUAUUAUCACGGCCGGUAUCGAGGCCUUUGGCGUGACAAAUUUGUAUCCAAUUAUAGCCAAUAAUUUUGGCCGACACAUACCGUUUUGGAUAUUUACAAUGUGCAGUCUCGCUGGUGCUUUAUUCACCUUUAUCUAUGUACCUGAAACCAAAGGCAAGACUUUACAGCAGAUACAGGAGGAGUUGCACGGCUCGUCGAGCGUAGAAAUAAAAAAAUAA